AUGUUGAAUUACUUAAAACAGAUGAGAGUGUUUGUUGUAGUUAAAUUGGAGCAUGCUGUAAUUAAGUUGAAAGUUAAGCAUAUGAGGAUCUAUUAAGAAAUGCUAUCUCUUCUUAAGUUAAAAUGGCUCAAAGAGUAAGUUUCAAAGAAAUAAAAAAUAAAACUAAAAUUAAAAAAACUAAUAAAUCUUCAAACUUAACUCCUUAUUUACUUUAAUUGGCAGUAAGAAUUCAUGCAAUCUUCGAAGGUUUAGCUAUUGGAAUAGAAACAAAUCUUAUUCGAUGCAUAGGCAUUGCAUUAGCAGUUUUUUGUGAUAAAUGGGUAUAUAUCAAAUUAAAUAAUAUAUAGGCUGUAGGUCUUACUUUAUGACUGA